AUGACCGCUAGGUUCAGGGGGCAACCCCAUCCGACCAACCUGCCGGAGCCGCCUUGUGCUCCCGUAGUAUGCAACAGAGCAGUCACCCGUUUCAGAAAAAAAUUGGAGGCGAGACUGCCCAAGUGGUUAGAACGAGAAUUUACUGACCGGAAGGUCAGUGGUUCGAACCCGACCUCUGCCUCUCGACUUCCCCUGUCUAGGCUUGAGCAACAUGUCAGUAUCCCAGCCCCCGUGGCACGGCAGCGAGUCACCGAGUUGAGCAAAAUAUCGCACAGCACCUACACUGUUCAUUCAACACCGUACGGAAGCAAGCACUUGGGGGUACUGAGAGCGAGACGGCUCAAGUGUUUAGAGCGCGAAUUCACUGACCGAAAGGUCCGUGGUUCGAACCCGACCUCGGUCUCUCGACUUCCCCUGUCUAGGCUUCGGCAACCUGGCAGCAUCCCAGCCCCCGUGCCUCCUUCGUGUGACACGGCAGUGAAAGCAUGCUACAGCUGA